UGAAAUAUGGAUCAUAUGACAACAGAUAAAAAUUGAAUAUUCAUUCUGUCGACAUUUUGUUUUUUCGGCUGGCAGUUAUUCCAAACAUCUAUUUUAAAAUAAUCAAAAUUAUGGCAUUGAACUUAUAUCGUAAAAUAAAUGCAACGAUUGCUAAAAACUGUAAAAGGUUCCUACAAAACAACGCUCAGAAACUGACCCAAGUAAGCAAUAUUCUUGAAGAAAACCAGGUCCAAAAAGAAGUGGAUAAAAACAAAUUCAAUAAAUUUUCUAUAUCUUCCCAUGAGAGGACGACGCCCUCAGAAAAUCCUCGAUUAUGGGCUAAUGCUUUUGAACCAGAAAGAGAUAUGAUUCAGAGGAGUUUGCAAAAUCGCUAUUUACAACCAGCUACAAUGCCAACUUACCGAGAUGAGCCUAUUUUCGAUACUAACUUUAUGGCUUCACUCCAAGAGGAACCCAUCAAAAAGGCCAAAAACAUAGUUUUGAACAAUUCUGCUAGCCAACAAAUCUUGGAAAGUUUCAAGAAGAAGCAGGCUCAAAAUCUGCCUACGCGCAAACCAAGACUGACAUCAAAUCCUUUUCCGGAACCUUUAAAAGCAAUAUUUUCACCUUACACCAUAUCCGAUCAAGAGAAAGCCGAUCAGAUGUUACUCGACCAAAAAUCAAUGCAGAUGAAUUUAAUAAACAGUACAGGAAACAGCCAACUAACCUCUAACCACGAUGCUAUAAAGUCGUCGAAAAAGUUUUACUGCACCAUGACACAGCGGGAAAAAUCUCAAGAUAUUUUAGAUCGAGUAAUGGGGAUCUCAAGUCUGCAUUCGAAGGAAUUUUUAAGUCUAUCAAGUGAUCAAGUUAGAUGUUUCUCAAGUAAGUCGGGCGGCAAUGAGGUUUGUAAGGACAGCACGAAACCAAAGAUGAAAUCUUGCUUACCGAGAAAAUGCAACAAGAUAACGAUUAAGGGAUGUCCACCAGUAAGAAGGAAUACGAUUUGUAAGCAGAAGAAUAAAGAAGUACAUUGCAAAAAGAUAGAUGCACCGUAUCCAAGUUACAGUGAAAGUUGCUAUAUGGAACCCAGAGCUAGAAAAACCGAAUGUGAUCUUUGUCCUUGGACCGAGAAAAACAAUCCUAAUUUCAAGGGAAAAUUGAAGAUACCCCCUAAAUUCUACCACACAGAUUGCAUGUCCUCUUCAGCUGCAACUACUAACGGGGGAUUUUCGGUGAAGAAUUUUCCAGACCAAGAUGCACUCAAAAACUUCUCUCAAAGAUGGAUGCACAAAGCAAACCUGAGUCAAGUAUAUAUCAAGGGAAAGAAGAUGCCGACAAUGGACUGUUUCGAAUCUGUCAAGAAACCAAUAACGAGACGAUGGUUGUUUAACGUCACCAAAGAUAGCAAUAUCGUCGAACAGAAUUCCAAAAACGAGGUUCCAAUGCCCAUUGAAAAUUUCAAAUUUGGAUACUGUGAUAGACAUCACACCGUAUUAACUGAAUUUUUCAUGAAAAAUGAUGAUUUGUUGAGGAAUUUCAAGAAUGGUGACGAUCUCUCCGAUUUCGGAAUAAAAAAGACUAAAUUAUCCAAAAUUCUUUCUUGUAGAGAAUUGUUCGACGUCGUUUGUAAAAAAGGAGAAAGGAUUAUUCCUGAUUAUCCAAAAGAUUGCGAGAGACCUUAUCAAGAUACUACAAAAACAUGCCCAUCAGGACUCACCAGAAGGAAAACGAAAAAAGAUAGAUUGAAGAGAAAAAUCCCCAAAGACCAAUCUUGCAAAUAGAAGGAAACAGAUAAUAUUAAGAAGAACAUGUAACACGAUGGAAAUAUCUCCAAAAAUAAAAUGUCGACCGAUUAAAACAA